UGCCAUCGUCGUUCAGUCUAAUUCACGGUCGUAUCGAACAAUAUCAAGUACGAUGCCGUGGUCGAUAGAGUGUUCAACAGUUAUCGCUUUCGUCGUGUGCCUCCUCGUGGCGGCUCCAAUUGAGGCCUCGGAAUGGCAGCAACGAAUCGUAGGUGGUUCCAAUGCCACCGGUAACGCCUGUCCGCAUGCCGUUGCAAUCCGAUUGGUUGGACGAGAUUUCCAUUGUAACGGAGCGUUGAUAACUACUCAGGAUGUCCUGACGGCAGCUCAGUGCGUAUACAACGGCAACGUGGUCCGAAAUGCUUCCGAGUUCCAGCUGGUUCUGGGUAGCUUGGCAAGCUCGAAUAGCUCCGGUGGCACGAUACGUAACGUUACGGCCGUUUGGCCGCACCCUUCGUAUCUUGCGAACACGCGUCUCAACGACGUAGCCGUGUUAAGGUUGAGUGCUACAGUUCAGAGUUCAGCAUCGCUUACACCGGUGCAGCUAUCCACGGCCAAUCCUGUAGUGAACCGAACCUGCACAUUGUGCGGAUGGGGAGCUAACUCGACGACUGGAAAGCCACUAGCAACACUACAGCGACUAGACCUGACGGUUCAACCGAGCAAUGCGACCUACUGUACCCUGACCAACGGUAAUGUGGCGCUGCCAACCGGACAAAUAUGUGCCGGUGUCCUGGCAGCCGGCAAGGGAGCCUGCAACGGGGAUCUCGGAGGUCCGCUGGUGUGUGACGCGCGAUUGCAAGGCAUCCUGACUGUGGUUGGAGGUUGCGGAGCAUUGAACGAAACUUCGAUCUUCGUCAACACGGUGACCCACAGAGAUUGGAUCAACAACCGGACGCAGACGCAAACGCCGGGAGGUGGCGGUGGAACUGGCGGAGGAGGAGGAGGUACUGGAGGAUCCGGUGGCGGCGGAGGCGGAGCUGCUCAAGUAGUUAUGCAGAUUUGGGUGGUGAUGAUGCCAGUGUUGGUUCUAUUAGCUCUACUAUAAGGGAUCUAUAGUAGAAAUCCAUAGAUGAAUAGGUACAUCACUGUUGAGCGCAGUAGGCUGUACACAAAUUCGCCCUAUCAAAGUUUGAAUGUUGAACAGCAUUGAAUCUAAGUAACCUAAUUACACUUUGAUUCGACUUACAUGUGGAUUUAGUACCAUUAUAGAGCUAAUAUACCUCAUAUUGGUCGUAUAACUAUAUCAACCCAAAAAGGCGACUUAGUCGACUAAUGAUUAUUUAUAAAUGGAUUCCGACAUUCAAAAAUAGUCGUAACGAGUUUACAUGGAUGCCUGAAGCGUAAGCUAUUAGCUUAAUGAAAUGUUUCUUAUCGAUAAGUCCCUUAAGUUAUCAUAAUUAUUUAUAUACAUGUAGUUAAGUGAAAAGGUGCACGAACGGAUAUGACUCAUUACAAUCGCAAUAAAGAAAAAUCACCGAAA